UCUUACUGGUUAACCCUAAGCCCUCAGCAGCGACCUUGAGCCUGCACCCUGCCACUCCAAGUGGCAGAAGAAAAACAUUAUUCUCAGUUACUUUUUUUGGUUUUUGUUACUGAUUAUUUUCUUUGCUUUCGCAAUAUAUUCAGGUUGCAGGAAGCUCUGAAUUCAGAACUUUCGAUUUAUAUAUAUAUACCUUUUAAAAUCCCAGAUAGUGAAGUUUUUCCCGCUCCAAAUGGCUAUUGACGGCUGUUUUAGCCUCCACUCAGCGGUUGAGAGAUUUCUCGACCGUUUCCCAAAGCUUCAAUCUUUUCCACAGUUUCAUUCCCUGGCAAAAGAGGGAAACUUGGUUACGGAAGAGGAUGUUGUGAAUAAUUUCUCGGGUGUCUUUCUGCACCCUUCUUAUACUAUUCCAUUGAUGGGAUGCUUCUGUCCGAUUGCCCGAAAAUUUACAGAUAGAACCAUUGCCCUUCUUCGGCUUGUGCCAAAUUUAAGGUCUAAUGUUCAGAAUACUACCAUGGAAGAUGAUUUUGUCGAAGUUUCAGACGAAAUUGUGAAUGUGAUUGAGUUUUAUAGCCAACAUGGAAGGGGUCUAGAUCUCCAUGAACUUGCUUGUCUGGCCUUCUGUCGUGCUCUGGACAUGGCUCCUUUUCUACUGAGUUCUGUAUUAAACUACUUCAAGUUUGCUCCUUCUCCGUUUCAACGAUUUUCAGUGAAACAUGCUAUCCCAUCAAUGUGGGCUAAGAUUGGAGCCCAUGAAUUACUUGUUGCCCAAAUAUCAUACCGUUUCCUUAUCAUGAAAACUGAAGUUUUCUCAAAGCUGUGGGACUGGUCAUGUUUCAUUGACCUCUUGGAAGGGCCCACUAGCAUUGGCGAAUGUGGUGUGACAGCUGAAGCAACGGACCUGAUUUGGUGUGGGGUACAAAUAACGACCAUUGUCUUUGAAUUGAGUUAUAAGGCCAGUGAAAACUUGAAUAUUGGAUCAGAAGAAGCAUCCAAAUGUCUAUUGCGUUGGGAAGCAUUCUGCCAGGAUACAUUAAUAGAGAAAGCUGGAUUGUACUCCAGGCUGGUGGGGGAAUAUUUAGCAGGUUUUUCAGAUGGAAGCAUGUAUUUUAGUGAAGAGAACUGUUUAGAGUCCUUUGGUCUUGAUUUUCAAGCCGUUAGCUUGCCAAAGAUGCAUGGGGUUGAGCCACCUUUGAGGAGUCAAAAGCUUGCCACAUGGGAUGGUAAAUCUAAAAGUAAUACAUUCAUAUUGACGUCAAAAGUGAAGCAAAGUUUUGAUAGGGUUCUGUUGGCAGUAAGUCAGAAGUGGCCUGUUCUUUUAUAUGGUCCUUCUGGUUCUGGAAAAUCUUCUCUCAUUGCCAAGCUUGCUGGGGAUAGUAACAACCAGGUUCUAUCUAUCCAGAUGGAUGAUCAAAUUGAUGGUAGAACAUUGGUUGGAGGUUAUGUCUGUACGGAUAGGCCUGGAGAAUUUACAUGGCAACCUGGGUCACUUACCCAGGCCGUGCAGAAUGGUUUUUGGAUUGUUUUUGAGGAUAUCGACAAAGCACCACCAGAUGUGCAUUCUGUUUUAACACCUUUAUUGGAAGGGACUGGCUCAUUUAUGACUGGGAAUGGGGAGGAAAUAAGGGUGGCAGAAGGUUUCAGAAUGUUUUCAACUGUUGCAACUUCCAAUCUUGAAAUAUCCCAGGGUCGAGGUUCACUCAGUGUCCUUUGGAGAAGAGUGAUGGUUGGUCUUCCUGAGAAAGAAGACUUGAAAAAUAUAGUCAUAGUUUGGUAUCCAAAGUUGGAGCUUCUUGUUGACAGGCUCAUAGAAACUUUUGCAAGGGUUAACUCUGCCUACAUGCAUCAGAAUGCAGGUUUCCACUCUGGAAAUUCUGCUUCUGUUGAUCGUCUCAACAGAUUCUCGUUGAGGGAUCUCCUUAAAUGGUGCAAGCGCCUUGUUGGCUUAUGUUUUACUUAUGAUGCUGGUCGCUUAUCAGAGUACCAAUGUUAUUUAGUUUACAAAGAGGCUGUUGAUGUUUUUGCAGCCUUUUCAGCUUCAUCUAAACAGCUGUCUAUAAUGAAAGAAAUAGCAAGGUUAUGGGCAGUGCCUAUAUCAGCUGCUGAGACCUUGUAUCCCCGUGACAAACCAAUAAUUCAGGACUCCGUCACUGAUUUAAGAAUAGGACGUGUUUCACUUCAAUACACUACAAAAACAUUACAAGAACAUAUGAGACCUUUUGUUCAGAUCAGUAGUUCUCUGCAUGUACUUGAGCGCAUAGCUUGCUCUGUCAAGUAUAAUGAAGCUGUACUCUUGGUAGGGGAAACUGGCACCGGGAAGACUACUCUUGUUCAAAAUUUGGCUUUAAGACUUGGUCAGAAGCUUACUGUUUUGAAUUUAAGUCAGCAAAGUGAUGUUGCGGACAUAAUAGGUGGAUUUAAGCCUAUGAAUGCGCAAUUUGUUUAUUUCCCACUUCACAAGGAGUUCAAGGAUCUCUUCUCCAGAACUUUUUCUGUUAAGGAAAACAUAAACUUUCUUACACAGCUAGAAAAUUAUCUGACUGAUAAGAAAUGGAAAAUGCUACUGAAAGGAUUUCGAAGAGGAGUUGGCAUUUUCCGCAAGUCAGUUGAGCUUGAAAGAACUGGGUCUGCGAAGAAGCGUAAAAAGCCAUUGAAUGAAGAAAACAUUAAAGCUUGGGAGAGAUUUUCAGUUAAACUUGAAAGUGUUUGUCAUAGUGAUCCAUCUUCAGGGAUGAUGUUUUCUUUCGUAGAAGGAAGUUUUAUUACUGCACUUAGAAAUGGUGAGUGGAUAUUGCUUGAUGAGGUGAAUUUGGCCCCUCCAGAGACCUUACAGAGAAUUAUUGGGGUUCUCGAAGGGGAGAAUGGGACCAUUUGUUUGGCUGAAAGAGGUGAUAUUGAUUAUAUACACUGUCAUCCGAACUUCCGUAUGUUUGCUUGCAUGAAUCCAGCAACAGAUGCUGGGAGGCGGGAUUUACCCUUUUCUUUAAGGAGUAGGUUUACUGAAUAUUUUGUUGAUGAUGUUCUGGAUGAUGAUGAUUUAAGUCUAUUUAUUAAUGAAUUUAUUAGUGAUGGCCAUAAAGAUUGGGAACUAGUUAAUAAAAUUGUCUGUUUCUAUAAAACAUCAAAAGAGGAAGCUGAAGAGAGGUUGCAGGAUGGUGCUAAUCAGAAACCUCAAUACAGUUUAAGGUCCCUUUACCGUGCUCUAGAAUAUACAAGGAAAGCGGAGAGAAAAUUUGGGUUUCAUAAAGCAUUAUAUGAUGGUUUUUGUAUGUUUUUUCUCACACUGUUGGAUGGGCCCAGUGCUGAAAUAAUGAAAAGGAAAAUAUGUUCUCUUUUGUUAAACUCAAGUGUGCCUCCUCCACAUGUACCUUUUGAUCAAUAUUUAACCUCGAUCAAAUCUGAUGCUUCCUUGGGGAGCUAUGUUCUGACUAGAAGUGUUCGGGAGCAUCUUGGGAAUUUGGCUCGUGCUGUUCUGAUAAAGAGAUAUCCUGUGCUCCUACAGGGGCCCACAUCUAGUGGGAAAACUAGCCUUGUUCGGUAUCUUGCUGCACUGAUGGGUCAUGAGUUUGUGAGAAUUAACAAUCAUGAGCACACUGAUUUGCAGGAGUAUCUAGGUUCUUACAUAACUGAUGCUAGUGGGAAGCUUGUUUUUAAUGAAGGUAUAUUGGUUAAAGCAGUAAGACAUGGUCGCUGGAUUGUAUUAGAUGAGCUUAACCUGGCUCCGUCUGAUGUCUUGGAGGCAUUAAAUCGGUUGCUUGAUGAUAACAGGGAGCUUUUUGUUCCUGAACUGCAAGUAACCAUUAAAGCACAUCCAGACUUUAUGCUUUUUGCCACUCAAAAUCCACCUACUGUUUAUGCUGGGCGUAAAAUGCUGUCUCGGGCAUUUCGCAAUCGCUUCAUAGAGAUUCAUGUUGGUGAAAUUCCUGAUGAUGAGUUGAGCACAAUACUGGAGAAGAGAUGUGAAAUCCCUCAAAGUUAUGCUAGAAAAAUGGUUGAAGUCAUGAAGGAACUUCAGCUGCACAGACAGAGCAGCAGAGCAUUUGAUGGGAAGCAUGGUUUUAUAACUCCCCGAGAUUUAUUUCGUUGGGCUGAUCGUUACAAAAGAUUUGGAAAAUCCUAUGAAGAUUUAGCUAAAGAUGGAUUUUAUCUUUUGGCUGAAAGGUUACGAGAUGAUAGUGAAAGGUCCCUUGUUCAAGAAGUUCUGGAGAAACAUCUGCGGGUUAAAAUAAACAGAAACAGCAUUUAUGAUCAGGUGAUAUUUGAGGGGAAGCACUCUUUUAAUCUGUGUGUUGAUUCUGGAGGUUCAAGAAGUCUUGAAAGUUUUAAUAUGACCAAAAGCAUGCAGAGGUUGUACUUCCUAGUGGAGCGCUGCUACCAGUUGCGUGAGCCUGUGCUGCUUGUUGGAGAAACAGGUGGAGGAAAGACCACUGUCUGUCAGCUUUUAAGUGCUUGUUUGCGGAUGAAGUUACAUAUCUUGAAUUGUCAUCAGUAUACAGAAACAUCUGAUUUUCUUGGGGGUUUCCGUCCUAUCCGAGAGAGGUCUAGACUUAUAUCCAACUAUAAGGAGAUGGUGGAACACUUGAAGAAGCUAAAGGCUUAUACUUGUUUUCCUCAAGGCCUUUGUGUUUCUCCUGACAUAGAUCAUGCUUCUUCAACCCUUGAUUUGCUGAAUGGUGUAAUAAGGAAAUAUAAAGAAGGUCAAGUUUGUUGUCCAGAUGUCACCACGGAUGAUCUUUAUGCUUUUGAGCAAUUGAAGUUCGACCUUGAUGAGCUGCAUCAUAAGUGGCAGAGUAUAUUUGUGUGGCAGGAUGGGCCCCUUGUGAAAGCGAUGAGAGAUGGUGAUCUCUUUCUCAUAGAUGAGAUGUCUUUGGCUGAUGACAGUGUGCUUGAGAGAUUGAAUAGUGUAUUGGAGCCCGAAAGGAAGCUGUCUUUGGCUGAGAAAGGGGGUCAUGAUCUGGAGGAAGUCAGUGCUCAUCCAAAUUUUUUUGUUCUUGCGACCAUGAACCCUGGUGGUGAUUAUGGUAAGAAGGAGUUAUCUCCAGCAUUGCGCAAUCGCUUCACAGAAAUAUGGGUUUCCCCUGUUAGUGAUUUAGAUGAACUUAGAGAGAUUGCUUUGACAAGAAUUUCAAAGGUUGAAGAUGCAAGCAACUCAUUUCCUUCUGAUCGAGAUAAACUCUCAAGCAGCGACAUUGUUGAUGCUAUGAUAUGUUUUUGGGAGUGGUUCAACCAAUUGCAUCCUGAGAGAAUGCUUACCGUGAGAGAUCUCAUUUCUUGGAUUGCUUUUUUCAAUGUGAUGGAAGGAAGCUUGGGACCUGAAUAUGCAGUUCUUCAUGGAGUAUUCCUUGUGUUGCUUGAUGGAUUGAGUUUAGGGACUGGUAUGUCAAAAGCUGAGGCUGAUGAGAUAAAGGAGAGAUGUUUAUCCUUUCUUCUGCACAAGCUGAGGGUUGAUGAAACUCAUUUAUUAUAUUCAAAACUUUCGAGAAUGGGAAAUUACAGUUGGGGUGAAUUUGGCUCACUGGCUGGUGUUUCUCAUAUUGAUGAUAUGCUACGAGAUGAUGUAUUUGGCAUUGAUCCAUUCUUUAUCAGGAAAGGUUGUGGCAGUUGUGAGAUUGGGGGAUUUGAAUUUAAGGCACCAACAACCAGACGAAAUGCUAUAAGGGCUCUGCGUGCUAUGCAGCUUUCAAAGCCUGUUUUACUAGAAGGUAGUCCAGGGGUUGGGAAAACAAGUUUGAUUGUUGCCUUAGGAAAGUUUUCUGGACAUAAAGUGGUACGAAUAAAUUUAUCUGAGCAGACUGAUAUGAUGGAUCUGUUGGGGUCAGAUUUACCUGUGGAAAGUGACGAGGGAAUGAAAUUUUCUUGGUCUGAUGGGAUACUAUUGCAGGCCCUGAAGGAGGGAUGUUGGGUUUUGCUUGAUGAGCUUAAUCUUGCUCCACAAUCUGUUUUAGAGGGUUUGAAUGCUAUUUUGGAUCACCGAGCUGAGGUUUUUAUACCAGAGUUGGGUCAAACUUAUAAAUGUCCACCAUCAUUUAGAGUUUUUGCUUGUCAGAAUCCAUCACAUCAAGGUGGUGGUAGGAAGGGCCUUCCAAGAUCGUUCCUGAACCGAUUUACUAAGGUUUAUGUUGAUGAAUUAGUUGCUGAUGACUAUCUUUCCAUUUGUGAAUCAAAAUUUCCAACAAUUCCGAGGUCUUUACUCUCAAAGCUAAUCUUAUUUAAUAAAAGAAUGCAUGAAGAAAUCAUGGUGCAACAUAAGUUUGCCAAGGAUGGCUUUCCUUGGGAGUUCAAUCUACGUGAUGUAUUUCGAUCUUGUGAAAUUAUUAAAGGUUCUCAUAAGCACAGAAGCAAAUAUUCCUUUUUGAACAUUGUCUACAUUCAAAGAAUGCGUACAGCAGCUGAUCGCCAUGAAGUCAUGCAGCUCUUCAAGGAAGUAUUUGAGGUGACUCCAUUGAUAAAUCCCUAUCCUCGCAUAGAAACCAAAUCCAAUCACCUAAUUGUAGGGCAUGCUGCUAUUAAGAGGAACCACGUCCACUUAUCGACAUCUUCAAGCUUUCAGCUUCGAAUGUUGCCUGAAAAUCGCCUAAGUUUGGAAGCUGCUGCUCACUGUGUACAGCAUCAAUGGUUAUGUAUCUUGAUUGGCCCAUCCUGCUCUGGCAAAUCUUCCUUGAUAAGGCUGCUUGCCAACCUCACAGGAAAUGUACUGAAUGAAGUAAAUCUUUCACCUGCCACUGAUAUAUCUGAAUUACUUGGGUCUUUUGAACAAUAUGAUGCUUUGCGAACUUUUCACUCUGUUGUUGCUCAAGCUGAGCACUACAUUAGCGAGUAUUGCAAUUUGCUAGUGGAAACAUCAAAAGCAGAAUUCUUUAGCGAAAAGCAUCUAGUUACUAGAUGGCUUGCUUUCUUGCCUAGCAUGAAGUUUGACAGUUUGGAGGCUUCUGCUUCAUUUUAUGUUGAAAACUGGGAAAAAAUUGUUUGCUCUCUUAGUCUGUUGGUUGAGAUCAUUGAAGAACUAAAGUUGAAUAUAGAGAAGAAAUCUCUCAACAUGUCUUGUUCAUUCAUGGAACUUGAUUUGAUCCUGAAGAAAAUUUUGAAGCUGAAGGUGGAUCAUCAGAAAAGGUUGAUUUCAAAAAAAUUUGAAUGGGUUCCAGGCAUACUAAUCAAGGCUAUAGAACGAGGGGAAUGGAUAGUCUUGGACAAUGCAAACCUAUGUAACCCCACAGUUCUUGAUAGAAUUAACUCUUUGGUGGAAUCUUCUGGAUCAAUUACGGUUAAUGAGCGUGGAAUUGUUGAUGGAAAGCCAUUAGUUAUUCAUCCACACCCUAAUUUCCGUAUGUUUAUCACCGUUAAUCCCACCCAUGGUGAAGUCUCUCGAGCAAUGCGUAAUAGGGGAGUUGAAAUAUUCAUGAUGCAGCCAUACUGGUUAUUGGAUAAUUUAAGUGGAUACAAGUAUGAUGAUACUGAAUUCAAAGACGUAAAGAGAUUUCUCAUUUUAUCUGGUAUUCCUGGUUCUCAUUUGGUUAAUGCCAUUGCCAGAGCCCACAUCUUUGCUAAGAAUGAGGGUAUACACCUUAAUGCUCACAUUACAUAUCUUGAACUCUCGCGCUGGGUUCAUUUGUUCCAGCAGCUUCUUAUGAAUGGGAAUAGUCCUAUUUGGAGUCUGCAAAUAAGUUGGGAGCAUGUAUAUCUCUCCUCUUUUGGUGAGGUUGAAGGUAGGAAAAUAAUUCGUUCUGCAUUAACCACUUUUUUAUCAGUAUCUGAUAUUUCUGGUAAUGAUACUUUGGUGGCACAUCCUUUAUGUUUGCCGGGUGGAUGGCCAAUGCCACUGACUUUGAAGGACUUUAUAUAUUACUCAAGAGAAGCUUCAGUAAAACAAAAUUGCAUGUAUCUGGAGUUUCUGGGAGCACAGCUUGCAUCACAUCAAUAUCGAAUUGCUCCAAACAGAUUUUCCUCAGACCAUCGGCUAUAUUUGAUAGAUAUGAUGGCAUUGCAUGAAGUUUUGUUUCCCAAGGUUCUAAAUGUGACAGUUUCAGACUGCAAAAGUGAAACUGAAUUUGACUUGGAACUGGCAAAUAAGAUGCUGUUGUUUGCUGCAUAUUGGACCAUUGAACAAGCAACGGAAAGUGAUUUUAAUCUCUAUCUUCUUCGGUUUAGUUGGUUUAGUUCUCAGAUACAUCCAUUCUGUCAGUUCUUUCAAGAGUUUCUUAGGCUGUUGGGGCAAAUGGUCAAGCAUCCUAUCUGGCAAUAUAUUUUGCACUGUGGCCGGCUUGAUUUUGAUUUGCAGUCAUUGCCAUUCUUGUCCCUCGAUUUAUUUGAUUUGGCAGAAUCAAAUAGCACAUGUAAAUAUCUCAGUAAUGCUAUUAGCUGCAUAGAUAUGCUAAAGUUAACUUACCAGCAAUGGGAAAUCGAGAAGCAAUGGGAUAUCAUGAACAAGCAUCAUUUUGAUGAUGAAGUUUACAUCUUUAAAUCAUUUUUGGGGUCUCUUCAAGAAUUGGAAAAUGAAUUCCUCAGUAAAGUUGCUUGUCCACCCACCAUGAUUGUUGAAUAUUCAUCUUUUGAUAAUUUAACACAGUUAUAUUCUGACAUUAUUGAGAAUCAUGCAUUAUUCUGGCGUCACUUCACUUCAUCAAAGUUUGACCAUUUGAUAAUAUCAUGGCGUUCUUUGGUGAAGGAUGCUAGGAAGUUGUUGCAUAUCUGCCCAGAGCGGGUCGAGGAACUUUUGAUGAAGAGUGGAGAAUUGGAGAAAUUUUUUUCCAAAAAAAGGAGAAAUUUGGAGUUGUUUUCUUUUUCGGAAAAAUCCUUGCUUUGGGUUCAUGGUGGUCAUCCAUAUUUACCUCCUUCUUGUGAUUUACACCACAAACAUGACCAGCUUUUGAAAUUUGUUGAACUCUUGUGGCCAACAAAGAAAGCAUCUAGGAAUCAAGGAAUGCUGAGCAGGCAGCUAAUUGAAGUGGUUGCAUCAUGUGAUCACAGUCUUCGUUUCCUUGUGGUACAAGGUGUUUCAAUGUCAUCAUCUAUAAUGGAGAAAUGGAGUCAGGAGGCUCAUCAUGAUGCUGAUAUUGUUAAACAAUUGGAGCAGAUGUAUCAGAUGCUGGUAAGAAGGUUUGAGAAUGUAAAGCAUGAGUUGCAAAUGAAUAUAGGAUCCAAUGGUCCUGCAGAUUGGGGUGGAAGUUCGGUUGCUUGUUGUUCAUUUCCUCGUGGAAUAUUAUUCCUAGAACCUUCUUUUUGUAGCUGGCUGGAUACACUUCCUCCAGUUGACAAUGCCAGUUUACAUUGGGAUAUGGAGUUGCUUCAAGAGCUGACAUCAAUUGACUUGGAUGAACUCGAAGGUUUACAUCAAGCCGUUGGACGUGUUUCCAACCUUUUGGCUUCUGCCUUGAAUUUUUCAUUGACCUUCUCUUCAAGACCUCUUCAAAUGUUUUUUCCACAUCAAAAGAUCUUGUGGAUCUUGAGUGAAUGGACUGAAGUGAAUGCAGUGAAUGUGAAAAUUGCAAGCUUUGUUCUGGAGUUAUGGUUUAGGUGGCAUCAAUCUCUGUGGAUGUGUUUUCCUGAAUACAUUAAGAAUUUCUCAAAUAUUGAUGGCUUGGAUACAAUUGAUACAGAAUUGCCCCUUAUGUUUAUUGAACCAGUCAAUGCGUCAACUGUCUUGCAGAUUACGCGAAGUAUGCAUGCUAUCAAGGAAUUUAGGUUGCAAUCUCUUAAGUAUAGAGUUACCUCGUCCAAUAUAUGGCGUAGCUCCAAUCAUGGGGCACAUUUACCAAACUUUCUUUUAUCUGCCGCACGCUCUCUUUUCCAGCGGAUUAUGUAUGCUCACAAAAAAUCUUUUAACGUGGAUCAAUUUUCUGCAAUGAAGUCACUCUUUUGUUCUUUCCAGAACAACAUGGUUACAGAAGAGGUGAUUGAGACUUUGACAACGCUUCUUGCUUCAACAAGGCACCACAGAUUGAAAGAUUUGGCUCAUUCAUGCAUUGCUCCUCUGCUCAGAGAUCUAUAUAUUCAUUCCACUGCUGUUAGUGAAGGCUUCAACAGUAAUCUUGGUUGUGCAUGGCUACACAUUGGGGGACUACGGUUCCGUCUCUUGCUUAGUUGCAUGGAUAUUGAUCCUGCUUUGAAGUCCUAUUGCAAGUACUCACAACUGGUAGAAACAAUCUCAUCACUUGAACUUGAAAUCCAGGUGAGGAAAGAGUGCGGAUAUUUAGCGGGACAACUUUUAACAGGUGAAGCUGAUAAAAGAAAAGCUAAAAGGCUGGAAAAACUUAAAGAAGAGUGUAGAAAGCUGGAAAGAAAGAUUGUGUACCGAUCUGAAGCUUGGAAAUACAUGGAGUUAAUGGAUGAAUGUGCUGAUUUUCUUAAACUCAUUUUGUCAUUGGAAUCUAUGGUGAGAAGUGCUGAGGCUGAAGAAUUACCACUGGCUGUCAAGCAGGCAUGCAAUUGGCAGGAAACAGCAACUUGUUUCAUUGACCGAUUGACAGACGAAUAUAGUACAUUUAACGAUAUAAUUCAACCAAUCCAAGUUGCUGUUUUUGAGAUGAAAUUGGGGUUGUCAUUGAUUCUGUCAAGUGCUAUGGAAAAUGCAUAUCUGAGUGGAGUUGGUCAGGAGAACAAUAACUUUGUCAUGGAAACUAUUUACAACCUUAUGAGAUUUCCUCGUGGUGCUUUGAGCAAAUUGAUUUCUGUUAAGUACAAUAGUAGUUUGGACAUGCUGCCUUCAUACAGACUAGAUUCCAGCAUAGGUUUUUAUUCAGUGGAUACAGGCAUGCUGGAGAGGCUUGUUACUCUUUCCAGUGGCAUUGCAGCUUAUAAGAAGGUUUCUGCUAUGCACCAUAGAGCUGCUGCCUGGCAUAAUAUUCUUGUUCAGAUUGCACAUUCUGUAGCAAACUCAAAAAUAUUAGAUUGUGAAUCCUAUCUGCUAUUGGGGAAGAUAUUUGACGAAUUUGCCAGGCUUUGGAUGAGUGUGAAAGUUCAAGCGAAGUCAGAAAGGGAUUUUGAUUCCAAACAGUACAAGUUUAAACCUCGAGUUUUUCAAAUGGAGAGUGUUAUUGAAGUUGACAUAUCGACUUUGUCAAAUUCGUUUGCAACGGAAACAUUUUUAGAGUGGAAAGAUUUUUCUGCUGAAGAGAUAUCCAUUGACAAAAUGGAAGCUUCUGAGGCAUGUGAAACAUUAGUGGAAGAAUGGAAGCAGCUGGAAGAGUCUAUCCUGAGCAGUGUGGUUCUUAUUCACAAUAAGUUAUUUGGAUCUGCUGAUCUUGUCCAAACUCCUGGAACUUUCGAAGUUUCUGAUGAGGAUCGAUUACUUUCCUUCUGUGACUCGUACACACUGGGUAUUGAUUUAAUCAGAGGUGCCCGGACACCACUCUUGUCCAGUUUAGAUGCUAAACUCAUGCCAGAGCACUUACUAUAUCUUUGUUUGGACUAUGAGCGGAAGUUCCUCUCAUUCCACAGAUCUGCUGCGGGAUACAAUUUUUACAAGGAUUCAUAUGCUUCUGAGAUGGCAAAAAUGGUGGAAGCACUCGCUCCUUUCCAGCAGAGGAUUUUCUCGCUUAAUGAGUUGCAUGAUCAUGAUAUUCAGAAAAUAUCAGAUAUAAUUGACAUGCUCUUGAGCCUUCCUUCAGUGACUCCUUUGGCAAAGACUUUUUCAGGGUUGCUGUUCUUACUGCACAAGGCUCAAGCUAUGCAAGAAAGUGGCUCAAAAUUCUGCUUUUCACGUGAAUUGGAGCCUGUUUUUGAACUUCUAUCCUCAUGGAAAACGUUGGAACUGGAAUCUUGGCCUGCUUUGCUUGAUGAGGUGAUGCAUCAGUACGAAAAUAAUGCUGGGAAACUGUGGUUUCCUCUGUAUUCAGUUCUUCAACCCAGUUCUUCUGAUCAAUCAGUAGUUCAGAGCCUGGAGGAUUUCAUUCACACGUCCAGCAUUGGUGAAUAUCGAAAGCGUCUUCAGCUUCUUUUUGCUUUCCUUGGUCAAAAUCAUAUUGGUGCAAGCUUGAAAGAAAACACAUGUCCUGGGUGGAUGGAACAUUCCAAGUACUUGUACAAUAUUUUUGGAUUUUAUGUCCAGUUCUUACCAAUAGUAAUGAACUACAUUGACAUGAGUAAGAAAGAAAUUGUAGCUGAACUAAAAGCACUGGUGAAACUGUGUCGGUGGGAUUGCACCAAGAGUUAUUUAUCCAUGGAGAACUUGAAAAAGAGUCGGCAGAAGCUUAGGAAACUUGUACAAAAAUUUACUGAUAUUCUGCAAGAACCUGUGCUGAUGUUCCUUAACCAAGAAGCUUCACUUAAGAGAGCAAACAGUCCAUCUUUUCAUGGUCAUAAGCUCAUCUCUGAUGUAUGGAACAAGGGCUCGUUCAGUAUUGAUUGUGAUUUGACAUAUUUCAGUGAUGAGAACAGGUCUAUAUGGUUUGGAGAAUGCAGCAAAAAAUUAGAUAGUGUUUUGCAGAAGUUUCAGGUUAAGAAAAAAGAACUAUUUGACAUUUUAUCUCCACAUUGGAAGAAUUUUGAAGAUUCUGGAAGUAUAUUUAGACCUUGUACUGGUUCCCAGCAUGCAAAUCUGUUUUAUGCGGAAAGAUGGAGAACAAUUUGGGAUAUGAUUGAGAAUAUAUAUGUAACAGCAGUGGAGUGCGGUCACCUUUGGAAGGAAGAAAGCAAGAGUCGAGGCAAGAGAAGGGCUUUGUCUGCACUUCUUACGCUUUUAGAGAGUGGUGGUUUGUCACGACACAAGACUGCAUAUUCGGAGGGUCAUCAUAAGCCUUGGUGGUUCCUUCAGCACUCUAGUGACUUGCAACACUUGUUGCUGACAAAUAGUAAACUACCUUGUGCAACCUCAGAAACUGCAGCUGGGGUUCAGAAAAACAAUGUACUUGAAGAAAGCUCUGUUAUGGAGUGGAAAUCAGCCAUUGAACUUUACUUUAAGAGUGUUGUGUCUGUGCUUCGUUUACAGCAGAUUUGCCUCAAUCCUCACAAAGAUAUAACACGUGAACAGGUUGACAGGUCAGGUUCUUUCCUCAACCAGCUGGUUCAAGUGCAACAGAACCAACUUGCUGCUGCCAAUGGUUUUGAUCAGCAGUUGAAACGCUUGAGAGAAUGCGUAUCUACUUUGAAGAAGUUGUGUUCAUUGUCCACCUCCAAUGAUAACAGCACUGUUUAUGAGUGCUUUAUUCCAAAGCAGCUCGCUGCCUUUAAAUGCAUGUGGCAACAAAAGCAAAUUUUUGAUAGUCUGUGUGCUACAUUACAAGAAGAAUUACUUUUGCUAAGGACAUAUGAAAAAAGCCACUUAAGCACUUGUGAAAGUGUCAGACCUUCAGUCAAUCACAUGAUUGCUUCCAUAGAAAAGUUUUUACCUCUGUUCAGUCGUUCCAAGGAAUCAUUAGAUUAUUACCUUAUUGGGGGAACAAAAGCCAUCACUCUAGUGACUUCUACCUCACAUUCUUGCUUUGUUACUGAGGAAUUGGAACGGUCAGUCUCUGAAAAUUUCAAUGCUAUAAAAGAUUUUAAGGAGCACUUGCUAGGGUCACAGGAGAAAGAUCUGGAUAGAAGUUCAGUGAGAGAAAUUUUGAAUGAUCGUUUUCGAGAAAUAAUUGAAAAGGCAAUAUUAGUUGAGGAAGAGUUUACCUCUGCAUUAAAGGUCAAUUAUGUGCUAGGAGAUUUAUCUGAAGUGGGCAGCUAUUGCAAGAGGAACUCUGCAGUGCCAAAUGCUGGAUUUGAUGAAAUCCUUAACUCUACAUAUGCACAUAUUGAAGAAGUAAUUGAGAAAUUAUGUUCUUCGAGCACCAUCAUGGUGGCUGAAGAGUCCAUCAAUAUAACUUCAUGGAAAUUGCUAUUUGUUGACUUUGUAGCGGAUCUCAGAUUAGACGUACUAUGUGAUUUUGUUUUCAAGACAAUCACUUUUGGUGAGAAGCCAGUGAAUUGUUCUGACAAUGAAAUUUACAGUUCUUAUACACUUGGGAACCAUACGAGAGAUCUAUAUAUUUUAAUGGAUCUCAUAUUGAAUUUUGGUGAUGAGCUCUUGAAAAACUUCCUAGCCAUGCACAAAUCCGUAUCAGUGACAACUCGUGUGCUUGCAAAUGUUUUAGCUUCGUUAUAUUCAAAAGGUUAUGGAAAUUCAACUGAAAACCUGGAGGAUGAUGGAACCGUCAAUACAUCAGAAAAUGCAACUGGGACAGGUAUGGGGGAGGGUAUUGGAUCGAAAGAUGUCAGUGAUCAGAUCACUGAUGAAGAUCAGCUGCUGGGAACUCGUGGACAGAGUGAUAGUCAAGGUGACUCCAGUGAGUUGCCUGGUAAGGAUGAUAGGGGGAUUGAGAUGGAGCAGGAUUUUCAAGCUGAUGCUUACAGCAUCAGCGAGGAUUCAGGAGAAGAUGAAAGUACAGAUGCUGAGAAUGAGCAGCUAGAGUCUGAAAUGGGGCCCACUGGACCUAACAGUGAUGCAGUUGGGGAAAGAGCUUGGGAUAAGAAUGAAGAUGAAGCUCUCAAUGAUACAAACGAAAAACAUGAACCUGGACCGUCAAUUAGGGAUAGAGAUAGAAGCAGUAGGGAGGUUAGAGCCAAGGAUGACCUUGUGAUUGAUGAACAUGGGAAAGCUGAUUUUGAUAAACUUGAUGAUCAGAGUAAUGAAAUUGGAAGCCCAGAUGACAUUGGUGAUGAGCAAACCACAGAUGCGGUCAAUCUGGAGAAAGAAGCAGCAGUUGAUGAUCCUAAUAGAAUGCAGCCUAGUGAGUUGGAGCAAACCUCCGAUAUGGACACGGAUAUUGAUAUGGAUAGGAUGGCGGAGGAGGAAUUUAUGGAAGAGGGAGAUCGUGGGGAGCAAGAUGAAUCAGAUGAAGAUGCAAACCAAGAUAUGAAGCAUGAUGAGGAGACAUUUCCACCUGAUGAAAUCAUGGAGGAUGCCCAUACUGAUGUUGGUGUUAGCUCGGAAGAGGAUAAUCUAGGUGGAGACCAUGAAGAAAAUGCUGAGACUAAUUUCAUGGAUGAGAAGAAAAAUAUAUCUGAACCAGGAUCCUCUGACUUGGUUAAUGAGCAAGUGGCCCCUCUUGAACUAGCAUCACAGGCCAAUAUUGAUUCACAGGCAUCUUCUGAAAAUAUAGCUGCAGCUGAAGCAAAUUGGUCAAACAGCAAUCAGAGCUUUGACAACCCUACUCUCUUAGGAGGCUUGCCUUCUAGUAGUAUGACUAAGUUGGAUCUUAAGAUAUCAGACUCAUCAAAUACUGGGGGAUUCACUGAAAAUCAAGCUAAGUCUAAUUUUCCACAGAAUGAACACUCACAUGUUCAAGAAAGGCUACCGCUACCCAACCCAUAUCGAAAUUUAGGUGAUGCACUUGAGGAGUGGAAAAAAAGAGUUGAAGUACCUUGUGAUCUUCCUGCAGAUAACACAGAGAAACCAGGUGAAAUGGAGGAUGAAAAUGCUGAGGAGUAUGGUUUUGUCUCUGAGGUUGAAAAGGGGACAGCUCAGGCUAUGGGGCCUGCUACAUCAGAUCAGACAGACAGAAACAUUGAUUUUAAUAAACUUGAUCAAGAAUUUCAUAAUGCGGAAAAAGAUGAAGAAUUGAAGUUUGAGAAGCAGAGUUCUGACAUGCAGUCUAUAAUUAAUUCUACUUCAAUCCCAAAAAAUGAGAAAAGGGAGCAUUUAAAUGUCUCCGGUUCAGAGAAGUCACGUGAUGAAGGACCAGUGAAAACAAAUGUUACGGAAGAUGUUUAUUUAGAAAAGCAUUCAGAUGAUCUGAUCUCUCUCAAGAAAUCAUACUUCAGUGAAGAUAUACAUAAACUAAGCCAACUAUCUGUGGACGACAAUGAUUUUGGUAAAGCCCAUGAUGCUCAGGAUGUUCCCACUGAUGUGAAAGAUAAAGCUACUGCCCUUUGGAGAAGAUAUGAACUUAAGACAACAAAAUUGUCUCAGGAGUUGUCAGAACAACUGCGCCUUGUUAUGGAGCCCACCCUUGCAAGUAAACUUCAAGGGGAUUUUAGAACCGGAAAAAGGAUCAACAUGAAGAAGGUGAUUCCAUUCAUAGCGAGUCAUUAUCGUAAAGAUAAGAUAUGGUUGAGGAGGACUCGACCCAACAAACGUGAUUAUCAAGUUGUUAUUGCGGUUGAUGACUCAAGUAGUAUGUCAGAGAGUUGCUGCGGAGAUAUUGCUAUUGAAGCCUUGGUUACAGUAUGUCGUGCCAUUUCUCAACUGGAAAUAGGGAGCCUGGCAAUUGCAAGUUUUGGAACGAAAGGAAAUAUAAAAUUACUCCAUGAUUUUGACAAGCCCUUCACAGGAGAGGCUGGAAUUAAGAUGAUUUCUAAUUUAACAUUUGAGCAAGAGAAUACAAUUAUCCAUGAGCCAGUUGUUGAUCUGUUGAAGUUUUUGACUAACAAGCUCAAUUCUGCGAUUGCUAAAGCACGACUUCCAUCUGGGCAUAAUCCUCUACAACAGCUUGUUUUGAUCAUUUCAGAUGGUCAAUUUCAUGAGAAGGAUAAUUUGAAGCGCUGUAUUCGAGAUCUCUCAAUGGGAAAUCGAAUGGUCGUUUUCUUGCUUCUGGAUAAUUCUCAUGACUCAAUUAUGGACCGCACGGAAGCAUCUUUUGAUCGGAAUGGGAAAAUGAAGCUUUCAAAGUAUAUGGAUUCCUUUCCCUUUCCUUAUUAUAUUGUUCUGAGAAACAUUGAAGCUCUGCCCCGGACUCUUGCAAACUUACUUAGACAGUGGAUGGAGCUUGUUCAGAAUUCAAUGGGAUGAGAUUGCUUGAAGACUUGGCAAGAACACAGGCUUUUCAGAUGUGAAAAAAUGCUUAGAUGCGAAAUUUUGUUUGCUGUAAAUGUAAAAGGAAAAUUUUAAAAGAAAUGAUACGGGUUGAACAAGUAUGGGAAGAAGGCAAGAAGCAUUGUUUUUCCUUGCUAUUUGUGUAGCAUUGACAAAAAAUUCAAUAUAGUGACGAUUAUUUUCAA